AUGGGAUAUGGCACCCCAGAGUGGCAGGGUUGGGUGCUGAAUGAAGAAGAAUCUCUCCCACUUAUUGAUUACGCCUACAAGAAAGGCAUCAGGACCUGGGAUACUGCCGAUAUGUACUCCCAGGGCAGAUCCGAAGAAAUCGUGGGAAAGGCUCUGAAGAAAUACAACAUCCCCCGUUCCCGAGUGAAUGCGGGCGACUACUUAAACCGCGUUGGUCUUUCUCGCAGGCACAUCUUGGAGGCCGUUGAUGCCAGUGUAGAGCGACUGGGAACCUAUAUUGACGUGCUUCAAAUCCACCGACUUGAUCGUGAGGUACCACGCGAGGAGAUCAUGAGGGCGCUGAAUGAUGUAGUUGAGAGCGGCAAGGUUCGAUACAUCGGCGCAAGCUCGAUGGCCGCUUGGGAAUUCCAGACUCUACAAAACAUUGCCAUUCGCAAUGGCUGGCACAAGUUCAUCUCCAUGCAGAACUACCACAAUCUCAUUGCCCGUGAAGAGGAACGUGAAAUGAUCCCUUACUGCCUUGACAGCGGCGUAUCUCUCAUUCCCUGGUCUCCUGUCGCACGCGGAGCCCUCGCCAGACCCUGGGCUUCUCGCUCUACCUUACGCGAGAACACCGAUGUUGGGCUAGGUAUUAUCGUUCGUGCCCGCGAGUCCGAGUCCGACAAAGCUAUUAUUGACCGUGUGGAAGAAUUGGCUGGCAAGAAGGGAAUCAGCAUGGCACAAGUUGCAAUCGCAUGGUCGCUGAGUCACCCCAGCGAGUACCCUAUCGUCGGGCUUAACACUAAGGAUCGCAUCGAUGAGGCUGUUGCGAGUGUUCAGGUCAAGCUGACGCCGGAAGAGAUUCAAUACCUUGAAGAACCUUAUGUCCCUAAGGCUAUUAAUCCAGUGGAAAGAUAA